AUGAAUGCACCACCCACAUUCGAAUCAUUUCUAUUAUAUGAUGGAGAAAAGAAAGUUCAAAAAGAAGAAGAUACUAAAGUCACCAAUGCUGCCAUAUUUACUGUAAACAAAGAAGAUCACACACUUGGAAAUAUGAUCAGACACCAACUCCUUAAAGACCCAAAAGUGCUUUUUGCUGGUUACAAAGUACCACAUCCCCUGGAACAUAAAUUUGUGUUGCGUAUACAGACCACAUCUGACUACACCCCUCAGGAAGCAUUCAUGAAUGCUCUAACAGAUCUUACAUCUGAACUAUCUCUAUUUGAAGAGAGAUUUAAGGAAGCAAUAAAGGAGAAGAAAGAUGGUUUAGAUUGA